AUGGCUUUCAAUAUUGAGAGUUUACUUGAAACUAAACUAAAUCCAACUGAGGAAACUGAGGAUUACGAGGAAGAAGAAGAAGAAAGAGAAGAAGAAGAAGAGGAUGAUGAGGAUAAAAAUGCUAUCGAUGGAUGGACAAACUUGGCAAGCAGCCAGUUGGCAAUGUAUGCUAUCGCCAAUGAUUUGAGAACUCCUACCCUUGUUGAGUUACAAAUGUUGUUGGGAGUUUCCGCACGUAAACAUGACUAUAAAAGAAGCCGAAAAUCAGUGAGUGAGCGGAAACCGAGGCAAGCCUACUCGGCAAGACAGUUGGAUCGAUUGGAAUCUGAAUUUCAGAGUGAUAAGUACUUGAGCGUGAACAAGAGAAUUCAAUUGUCUCAAACAUUGAAUUUGACGGAGACUCAAAUCAAAACGUGGUUCCAGAAUAGAAGAACAAAGUGGAAGAAGCAAUUGACCUCCUCGAUCCGCCAAAUGUGCAAAGAAGUUCCAACAAAUCCAGUCGUCGGCGUACCAUUUCCAGCCCUUAUUACCCCUCCAAACACUCUUGCAACCUCAAUUAUCUCGACUCUAACCAAUAAUAAUAUCUCAAGUCAAGAAGAAUCAACAAACGAGAAUCAAUGA